CUCUCAGACGAUCAAGACACUCCUACCCCAUAGCAAUGGCGCGCGUGAUAACAUCAGCAACUCCCAAGCGCGAACGGUCAGCGUCGUCCCCUUUGACAGAGCUAGAGCCCGAAGUUCCUGCUCCCAAGGCCGUAAAGCCUAAGAGAGCCGUUCGAUCAACCAAGCCGAAAAAUGAGGAUACCAAAGAGAAUGAUAAUAACGAGGACGCACCUGCUGCUGCAAAGAAGCAGCGUGUUUCCAAGGCCAAAGCUUGGCCCCCAGCUGAACUAGAACCGAUGCUUCACCUUCCUCGUCAAGGUUACCCCGCAUUCAAGCUCCCGUGUUCUACAGCCUCUUCUAACGGAGGUAUUGCCCCUCAGAACGACAAAUCACAACCGAUGCUUUUGGGAGCACAUGUAUCUGCUGCUGGUGGUCCGGCUACAGCAUUACUGAGAGCAGGUCUAGCAGGCGCGAAUGGGUUGGCUCUGUUUGUCAAGAGUCAAAGACAGUGGAAGAGUAAGCCGUAUGAAGAUGAGACAGUUCAGAGAUUCAAAGAGCUCAUGAAGAGCAAGGAAGAAGGUGGAAUGGGCUAUGGCCCGGAGAGUAUACUGGUCCACGGCAGUUAUCUCAUCAACCUAGGAAACCCCGACCCGGCCAAGUGGAAAGUCUCCUACGAAUGUUUCAAAGAUGAUAUUGCACGUUGCCACCAGCUUGGUAUUAAACUCUACAACUGGCAUCCUGGAUCCACAGUUGGCGCUUGUACCAAGGAAGAAAGUUUUGCUCUUAUCGCAAAAGCCAUCAACCAAGUACACAAAGAUGUCCCUGAAGUCAUCACCGUGAUCGAGAAUAUGGCCAACGCAGGAUCCAACAUUGUUGGUACAGCAUGGUCAGACCUUUCCUCUAUCAUUAAACUCGUCGAAGACAAGUCCCGUGUCCGCGUCUGUAUCGACACUUGCCAUACUUUUGCUGCUGGUUACGAUAUCCGAACGCCGGAGACAUACGCCGAGACUAUGAAAAGGUUUGACGAGGUGGUUGGAAACAAGUACUUGGCUGGUGUACAUCUAAAUGAUUCUAAGGCGAAUCUGGGCGCGAACAAGGAUUUGCACGAGAAUAUCGGUCUUGGCGAGAUCGGUCUCACAGCGUUCAGAUGCAUCAUGCGCGACCCUCUCAUGACGGGUAUACCGCUCGUCCUUGAAACACCCGCGCCAGACGCCCCAACCCCCGCCGAACAUCUUUCCAUCUGGACAAAGGAAAUUGCCCUCUUAUACGAGAUCCAGGCCAUCGAAGAUGAUGAAUGGGAUGUCAAGAAGGGGGAGAUCGAAAAGCGGUGGAGGAAAGAGCGGGAUGCGAUCAAUCCGCCCAAAGAAAAAAAGAAGCCCGCUGCCAAGGGGAAAGCGAAGAAGGCCAAAAAAGUGGAGGACGACGGAUGCUCCCAUGAUGAGGACUAGAGUCGGGGAUAGAAUUCCAGCCGGAGAGGUCAGA